AUGGAGUCUCCAUUUAAGGUUGAUAUAGUGAAAGGGAAAGUAGAUUUGAAUACUGGAGGUGGAUCAGUAGCUUUGGUAGACAUGGAGAUUUUGUUGGUAUCACGGGUAGGCGCAAAUCUGUUCUUGAUUCCGCAGUCUCUUCUCUUCGCUCUCUUGGAAUUCAGAGGUUUGAAUGAAAUUUUUGUUUCAUCUAACAUGUUAAUUUUUUUUCUAAAUGUUAUGUCGACGAAACCAAUCUUGUUGGUGUUUCAGAUAAAUGGUUCUUGGAGUCAGUUAUGGAGGAGGUCAGAGUUUUUAGGAUAUCUCUUUGCUGCUCCUGAGGAACCAAAACCAUCUGCACCUGUUGCACUUGAUGCUGCUUCAACUGCUUCUGCUACUCAGACCCCCCAGUUCAAAAUACUCAUAUCUGCAAUGCCAGCACUCAUCGAUUCAACAUCAGUGAUCUCCACCACCAUCACCACCACUACUACCACCACAAAGUCAUCAAAAUCUCAAAUCCCUCCUCCGCUAAACAACCAUGUCAAUGCAACACACAGAAAACAGGAUCAUCAGAAACCCAGCACCACAACAGCUCUGACGGAAGAAAACCUUAAAGAGUUAAGACGUCGUCAAAAAGGCGAGAAGAAGUAUGUAAACAGUAGUAGCAGUAGUCCUUACUCUAAAGGACUAACUGAUUCAACUCUGAUUAUAACUCGACAAAGAGGAUCAUUAGCUGUAAGUGUUGAUCGAAGUCCUACAAAAAAUAGCAACGUAAGUGGAAGAAGUUCUUCUUCAAAUAGUUCUUCGAUUUCCAGUGUGUUCGUUAGGAUACAAAUAUGGAGUUCUAGUUGUUUUAGGAAUAAUAAGAAUGAUGCAAAUGGUGAUCAAUCAAGUAGAAAAGGUCUUUCUAAUGAACCAUCUUCUUCAGUCUAUAAUAAAACAAUGACGACUAAACUUGCGUCGGCUCCAUCGACAACAAACACUACGAGAAAACAAGUGUUACGAGUGAUCAGUAGCAAUAACAACGAACCGGGGUUUGUGAAGAAAGAUAAGAGUACAUCGCCAUUACUGAUGCAAGAGAAUAAGAAGAAGCUAUUGGAAGAGAAGUUCUUGAAGGAGAGAGCAUCAUCGUCAUCAUCGGUGGCUACAGCUAUUGCCUUGGAUGAUGAUAAUGGUAAUUUUGUAAGUGGAGAAGCAAUUUCACUUGAAGAGAGAGAGAUUGUAGUGAAAGAUAAAAAGAAAAUGAAGAAGAAUGAAAAAAAAUAUGUUUGGGCCGAUAUGUAUAGACCAAAGGCUUUGAAGCAUUUCAUUUGCAAUCGAGAUAAAGCUGACUACCUUCAUAAUUUGGUGAAAGAAGGUGAGCAAUGCAGCCAUUAUAUAUUUGAAGGUCCUGCUGGAGUAGGGAAGACAACUAUGGUUUGGGCUUUCUUAAGAGAAGCUUUAGGAGUCGAAGAUUUACUGACAAGGGAAGAGCGCAAGACAUUUGAAUUAAAGGGAGAAGUUGAACCAAGUAUUACAGUACGUGUGAAAGUAUCAUCUCAAUAUGUUGAAAUAAACUUAUCUCAACUACACGGAUACGAAAAGCAUGUGAUUGCUGCCUUAAUUAGAGAAACCCAAUCGAUCACCAAAACCAAAGUUAAGCAAAAAUGUGGUCCGACCAACUGCUUCGCAAUUAUUAUCCAUGAAGCAGACAAGUUAUCUAGAGAUGCACAGCUUUAUAUAAAAUGGCUAAUGGAAAGGAAUAAUCAAGGCUGCACCAAAGUCUUCUUUUGUUGCAGCGAAACUUCCAGACUUCAACAUCUAAGAUCUAUUUCUACUGUUAUUCAACUCUUUCCACCAUCAAACAAGGAGAUUGUUGAAGUGUUGAAGUUUAUAGCGGAAAAAGAAUGUAUCCAACUGCAAACCCAACUAGCCGAAAGAAUUGCAGAAAACUCUAAACAUAAUCUUCGACAAGCUAUUCGAUCUUUCGAAGCUACAUGA